UUUGUUACCGGUUUGCUCUUCGGUUAUAUUUUGUUUUUUCCAGGGCGCCACUUCUUGGGGCUAAUUCUGACGCCCCAUAUAAAGUGACGUGCGCCGGGAGUGGUCGACAUCAUUAAGUCGACGUCUUUCCAAGAGUCGGACGGAUACGUAGUCGUCAGUCUCCAAUCGCAGUCAGAGCUUCCUGUGCGGCACGUGCCAUUUCAUCCUCGAGCAAUCCCAAGUCCAAAGGAAGUGUUUCUACAAUGGCAGGCAAACUCCUGACAAUCUUCUCCAUUCUGGCCAUCGCUGGAUCCUGUUGUGCAGGUUUCGCGGCCACCUAUGCCGGUUACCACCCUGCUUUUGCCACCUACCAAGCUCCAGCUGUCUACCAUGCCGCUCCAGUGGCUCAGGCUGCUGUCUACCAUCAGGCGGCUCCCGUUUACGCCAAGACGUUGAUUCCAGCUACUCCCGUGUACACGCGGUCCUAUGCCCUGCCAGCUCCGGUCGUUAAGACGGUGGCUGCUCCUCUUCCCCUGCCCGUUGCUGCUCCAGUGUUGAAAACCGUGGCUGCUGCUCCAGUGGUUGCUGCCCCAGUGGUUGCUGCUCCAGCUCUGAAGCAGGUUGAGUUGGAAUCGUCGCCGCGUUAUGAUUUCUCCUAUGGUGUCCAUGAUAGCAUCACCGGAGACAUCAAGAGUCAGGUGGAGACCCGCGACGGAGGCAAUGUGGUUGGAUCUUAUUCCGUUCUGGAUGCCGAUGGUUUCAAGCGUACUGUAACCUAUACCGCUGACGAUAUCAACGGAUUCAAUGCGGUGGUCCAGCGUGAACCAGUUGUCGCUGCCCGUGCUGUGGCUGCUCCCGUAGUUUCAGUGGCUUCUCCAGCUCCAGUUCCCGUCCAUGUUCCCGCUCCGGUAGCCUCCCUGCCCGCUCCAAUCUACUAUCCCCACCAGCAGGUGUUUGCCCCUCAGCAGCAGAUUCAGCAAGUCACCGAACAGCAGGGUGAAGUUGUGGAGGCUCCAGUGGCCACUCAGCCAGAGCUGGAACCCACGCCCAUCGACUAUAACGAGGGUCAGGAGCAGCAGCAGCAGCAGCAAACCUAUCCCCAGGACCAGCAGUUCCCGCCUUUCUCUCCGGCUGGCGAGUCCUCCCCCGCUCCCGAUAGCGAUGAUUCCGAUGUGGUUGAGGCGCGAUCUGCCCCUGAGGCCAGCAGUAGCACCACCACCACCACCGAGGCUCCCGUCACGGAAGAAAGCAAGAAGACGGAAUAGAUUGGAUUAUGACCGGAAAUGUUGUUGAACGAAUUGCGAAAAUAAAAAUCAAUAUUUGAGAUAAAAAAAGGUCUA